AUGCGGAGCGAGCCGGCCGCCGCCGCCGGCGGCGGCAUUGCGGCUGUUCCGUCCCCCGCUUUGCUCUGCUCCGACCUCAAGCCCUUCCUCGCCGCGCUCACCAUGCUCACGCUCCUCGCCGCCGCCUGGCAGCUCCGCCCCUACCACUCCCUGCUCGCCGUCCCGUUCUCCCUCUGCCCGGACCCGCCCCCCUCGCUGCCGCGCUCGCUCGCCGUCUCCGGCAAGGCGUCCAGCCCCAGCUCCAACGCCUCCUCGUCGCCGAAGCAGGGUCAGGAGCGGCCCAAGCCCGACCCGAACAGGCGGGAGUUCCGCGCGGUGGGCAGCGCGGCGGCGCUGUUCGUGCAGAUGGGCGCGUACCGCGGCGGGCCGUACACCUUCGCGGUCGUCGGGCUCGCGUCCAAGCCCGUCCACGUCUACGGCAAGCCCUGGUUCCGCUGCGAGUGGGUGCCCAACGCCGGCGCCGCCAACGCCUCCGCCUCGUCGGCGCGGCCGAUGCGCGCGGCCAACACGUACCACAUGCUCCCGGACUGGGGCUACGGCCGGGUGUACACCGUCGUGGUGGUGAACUGCACCUUCUCGGCGGCGCCCAACGCCGACAAUGCCGGGGGCAGGCUGGUGCUCAACGCCUACUACGGGCCGUCGCCGGCGCGGUACGAGCGGAUCGAGGCGCUGGAGGAGGCGCCGGGGGCCUACGACGAGGCGGCGUUCCGCCCCCCGCACAGGUACGACUACCUCUACUGCGGCUCGUCGCUGUACGGCGACCUCAGCGCGGCGCGCGUGCGGGAGUGGAUGGCCUACCACGCGCGCUUCUUCGGCGCGCGCUCGCACUUCGUGUUCCACGACGCCGGCGGCGUCAGCCCCGCGGUGCGCGCGGCGUUGGAGCCCUGGGUGCGCGCCGGCCGCGCCACGCUGCAGGACGUGCGCGCCCAGGCCGACUACGACGGCUGGUACCACAACCAGUUCCUCGUCGUCAACGACUGCCUCCACCGGUACCGGCACGCCGCCAGGUGGACCUUCUUCUUCGACGUCGACGAGUACAUCUUCCUGCCCGACGGCCGGACGCUCGAGGGCGUGCUCGCCGAGCUCGACCCGUACACGCAGUUCACCAUCGAGCAGAACCCCAUGUCGAGCAGGUUGUGCGCGCGGGGCACCAACGAUUCCGAGGCCGACUACUCCAAGUAG